AUUUUAUGCAAAUAAAUGCAAAUACCUUAAACGCCACACCUUCCUUCCAGAGUACGGGAAGAGCCUGGAGGACGCCAUCAUGGGCGACACAUCAGGUCACUUCCGCCGACUGCUGGUCUCUCUCUGUCAGGGAAACCGUGACGAAAGGGAGACUGUUGACAUCUCACUGGCCAAACAGGACGCUCAGAAACUGUAUGCUGCAGGGGAAAAUAAAGUUGGAACUGAUGAGUCUCAGUUUAAUGCCAUCCUGUGCGCUCGCAGCAGGCCUCACCUCAGAGCAGUCUUCCAGGAGUACCAGCAGAUGUGUGGGAGAGACAUUGAGAAGAGCAUCUGCAGGGAAAUGUCUGGCAAUGUGGAGUCUGGCAUGGUGGCCGUGGUGAAAUGCAUCAAGAACACCCCUGCCUUCUUUGCAGAGCGGCUCCACAAGGCCAUGCAGGGAGCAGGGACCAAGGACACCACCCUCAUUCGCAUCAUGGUGUCCCGCUCUGAGAAAGACAUGUUGGACAUCAGACAGGUGUAUGUUCAGACUUAUGGAAAAUCACUAUACACUCACAUCUCAGGUGAUACCUCUGGGGAUUACAAGAAGCUGCUGCUGAAGCUGUGCGGAGGUAACGACUAAAGGAAAGGACGAAAAGCUUUCAGAAGGACAAAAACUUAUGUCCUCCCUGAAACAAUGUUAUAGGACCAUAUAUCACUUGUGGUGCAUGCAGUAAAAGUUUUGACAGUCAGACAUUAUUUCUUUUGUAAUCUUUUUAGUGACACAAAAGAUUUUUCUGCCAAUAUAUUGUGUUAGAUGAUUGCCAAAUAGUAAAUAUAUAUUAGUAUGAAGAUUUAUUUUAAGACGCAGUAGAUUGUCAGUAAUGAGUAAAAAAUGGAGUCCUAAGGCAAAAAAAGAGGGCCAGAAAAUCUUAUACUUGAUUUAUAAAUUAACUAUACCAUAAUAUAACCAUACUAACUAUAUCUCAGAAUCAAAUUUCAAACAAACCACUAAACUGUAAUUAACAUGAAUAAUGAAGAACAAGGCGAGUGUCUCAUUUAUGCAACUAAACUAAUCUAACGUACAUAUACAAGGAAAUAUUUAGCUCAUAUCUUCAUACAAGCAUUAUAUCUGUGUUACUGAGGUUUAAGUACCUCACGGCCAAGCAUUUCAACUGUGUACACGAGUAUAUAAGAAACUGUGUCAGACUAUUAUGCAAGUAUUAGAAAACUGUCUAUGACUGAAUCUGUCACAGCAAACGUGAUCAUUUAGUGCUUUUAAACAGGCCAUAAAUAAAUCCCAGGUCAUUUUUGAAUGUCAGAAAUAAUAAUCUGCUAAAGGCAUCUCCUCGAAGUGUCCAUAUUAACUAACCAGAAUUUUACUCCUGCUUGCGAUUCUAUGCAAAUGAGCUUUUUUACUUUAUACCAGCUUUACAAAACUCUUGUGUGUUGUUGUUGAAAUGUAAACCUUUCCAAUCAUAGUUCAACUUUUACAGUGACUACGUUUACAUGCACAGAAUAGUUUGUUUUUUGCCCUUUAAUUAGAAAAAGACAAUAUUCCCACUAAGAUGUCUACAUGGCUAAUGAAAAGGAAUAUUCCACUAACAUUAUAUUUUACAGGCAGCUGUGUGUACUUGAAUUAACGUGGAAAAGUGGCUGGGGAAGCUGCCGCCUUUUUGCGUCUUUGUGUCAAAAUAGGAUUAUUUCAAAGUUUUCGACCUUUUUGGACUGUGCAAACACCGUCCAUCUUUCAUUUCUUCAGCCACCUUUUUUAAAGGUCAUGAUUUUACCUCAUAUCCAAAAAACUAUUUCAUAUCUAAGUCUUUCGACCAGAAAUGUGAGCUUAUCUUUUCGGGGUGCAUCUCCAACCUACAGCCUUGCAAACUGUUGGCAAGUUGUUAUUUGUUUCUACAAAGUCAAAUCAAAUCUGACAAGUUGAUCUUACUUAAAAUAAUCUUGGAAACCAAUGAAAAAGGAAAGUCAAUAUAACUAUAAAUCUUAAUUCAUGUUUAUAUCUAAUUUUUGAGUUUACUCAAGAUGUAGCUGUAUUUAUUUAAUUUUGUGAAGUUGUUGCAACUUAAAAAUGACAACUGACAUUACCUUGUUCUUUCGAAAUCUUAGCAACUUCAGUAAACCAAGUUAGUUUGACUUAACUUGAUCAUCACAAAGAGACUGUUUGCCAAUGACGAAGUUAUGAGAUUUGUGUUAACAUGUUUAGAAGUAUGAAAAUAUGAUUGACUAGUUUACAACCAGCAGAAUACAGAUAUGUAAACUUGUUCCUUUUUAAGUUGCAGCAA